CCUAUUUUUUUAAGCAACUUUGUUGUAUAAGGAACGAUUUUUGCAAAUCAAGUAACUCAGCAAUUACCCGAGACAUAUGUAAAGACUACCGAAAGCGGAUUAAAAGAUUAAGAUCAAAGUUCUACAGGCACCUUCGAGAUGACGACCUAAAAGACAAAAUAGAUAAAAACGAGCAAAUGAGAUCGAAUCGGGAGGAAUGAGUUCAUCAGAAAUAGAAAGAGGUUCUGCAACGAUGGAAAGAUCUCGAAGUCUCUAAAGUUAUGUCAGAUGCUAAGAAGAAAAAUGGGUUGGAUAAGUUUCUUACUGUGAAGACCCUUUUAUCGAAAUGCUGUGCUGAAGUCAUGCGAACUUUGGUUAUCGAAACUGCGAAGAGAAAUGAACCUCCAAAAGAUCACACUGGUCACUGGUCUUUGGACAGAUUUCUUAGACAGUACAAAAACAGAAUCGAACGGAGAAUCCAUACUAUUGACAAACUGGGGCGGCCGAUGGAUAUCCUGUUUCCUAGAAAAGGCAAAACUAAGCUAGACGAAUGGGACGAAAGUCUGCUGUCUUUCAUAUUACUGAAUGUUUGUUUUCUUGAUGAAAAUAUGGCAGACAAUGUAGCAGACAUACGUAAAGUUAGAAAUGAAACAUCACACAGUAGUAAAGCACUUAAUAUGACAGAUUCGCAGUACGAGUCGUAUCUUGAAAGAUUAAAACGAUCAAUAAAAGCCUGUUUGGACUUUAUCGACAAUCGAGAUUUAUCCAGUUUUAUCAACGCUCAAGUCUCUGAAAUUGAGUUUGAUGAAGUAGAUGAAAACGAAAAAAUGCGUCGCCUUCAGUCCAUAUAUCAAAAGGAUAGAGAAGAUCAAGAGAAACUGAAGAAUGCCAGUGAAGUUUAUGAAAGAAUGGAGAAUGAACUGUCAGAAAUUGUAAAGAAGUUUAAAGGUACAGAAAUGCCAGAGCACCAGCUGGAAUUAGUUUUCAAAAACAGCAGCCAAGAACUGGAAAAGAAACUUUCUAAAUGCAUAGUUGAGAAAAUCAACGAAUUAGUCAAGUCUAAAAAGAGACUACAUUCGUCAUCUGAGAAUGACGAUGAUAUUGAAAUGACAAUUGCUGUUGCGAAUUUGUUGGAAAAAUGGAAAUCUAAAGGCUGGGUUAUUACUGAAGCGAUAAAAGGCAGUGUACUCUUAAACGUUCGAUGUAGUACAUUUGACGACGUAUGUUACAUGUAUAACACACACAAGGGCGAAGGUUCAAAUAUGCAUGUUAGUGACUUACAGACAGCUUUACAAGAAGUCAUAGGAUUGGAUGUCAAACUUUCUUUAGUGAUGCACGAUUGUGAAAUGGAAACAUUUAUGGAAAAAAUAGUAUCAUCACUAUUGAGUAGAAGUAAGGCGCUUACCUCUUUAAACACAAAUGGAGACAGAAAUGAUACUAAAGUCAGGCUUUACAUGAAGCGUUGUUUACCAAAUGUCCCUACAUUAACAGAUGUUGACUUGAAGGAGCUAGAUGGUCAUCUAAGAAGAAUUGCGGAGGUCCUUGAAAAGAAAAACGACUUGCCUAGCGUAUCUUUACAUGUUUGUGAAGAAGAGAUGCAAUCUGAAGUAAAAGCAGACCUGCAAAUAGGCGAAAGUAUGCAGAUGACAGGUCAACUGAAUCCGAUACUGGACCGUUUAGACUUGGAAAUGGAUAGUUUAGAUAGUAACAAGCAAACGAUGGAAAUGGAGACGGGGUGGCCCCAUGGAUUAAUAGAAGAAAAAGAAAAAAUGGAGACAGUCCAAGAUCUGUCGGAAGAACCUGAACCACACACGACUAGAUAUGAACAUCUUGAUCUUUAUGAAAAGAUGUUUGGAAUGGAAUUUACAUCUAACAAUAUUAAAAAGUUUGAAAUGAAAUCCGACAAAACAGAUGGACAGGCAGAUGUUCCAGAUGUGGCAAAGGGGCAUGAAUGUAGAACAAUUUCAAAUUCACACUGUAGUUCUUCAUCUGAAACGGAAUCUACAUACAACAGCAGUGCAGAAGAACGGGGAGGGUUAAUGAACAUUUCAGAGCCUGACAGAAACUGGUUUAGAGUUAGAAGAGCAUGGAAAUAUAGAUAUCUUAAAGAAGGGUUAAAAGGGCCUGCUGACGACAUUGUUCAAAAGAUGCAUGAUUCACGAACAAUGGAACAAAGCGUAGAGGAGCGUUUUGAUAGAAUUACGUCAAUUCUCGAAGAUGACAAAGAACUGAAAGUUAGACUUGAUACUCAACAGGCAGCCCGAAGUGUUAAAAUGCGUAAUAUAGACAUAGAAGGCCAGACUGGCAAACUAGAUAGCAUGUGUCAUCAUCGCGAGGAGGAAAAGGAGUAUUUGAUACGGAAACAAGACAAAGAUCCGGAGGAAUACUUACGUAAUCAUAAUAGUAUAGAAACCAUCAUAGAUAGCUGGAAAAGUACACCACUUUCAGGAAAGUCUAGUAUCAUCAAUGCAAUAAGAAGUCAAGGAAAGACACAAGCUGCAACAGCGCCAAUAAGUUCUACAGUUGAUACGUCAUAUAUCAUGGAAACAGAGAUGAACAGCGAACAGGGCUUAGGUGAAGGGACAAGGCCGGAACUGCAAGUAAAAUUGGUAAAAGAUUACAUAAGAUUCAGAUACAUGUCCAAGAAAUAUCCGAAUAAAAGAGGAGCAAAACCAAAACAUUCUGAGGUUGAUGACAAUGACAAGGAUUGUUUAGCAGAAGUCAUGAUCAAGAAUUACAAUGGAGCAGCCAAGAUUAUUGCUUACUGUGUUGAUGAAAAAAGGAUGUUACUUCCAUACAAUCUGUUUGGGGACUUAUGUCACAGUGGUGUUUACGUUUGCAGAUACAAAUUUAGACCUGAAAAGGCUCCCCUUAGGCUGCAGAAAGUGAGCGUCACAACUCCGAUAGCGAAGGAAUACAAGGAUAACCUGAAAAAUCAGUUGGCAAUCUUGUCUGAAGCAGGAAUCCAUGACAUUAAAUUUAAUGAUUUGGUUGAAGACAAACAGAUUGGGUUUGUGAUGUUUAAGGCUAUACUUGAUGACGGUGAUGGUGAAAUUCUUAGCCAGAUAUCUACACCUUUUCAGAAUAAAAUUGAUACCAAUAUAAGAAAAGAUUGCUGUGAUGAAAGUGUGUAUGCAUUUGACAGCGAAGAAUGCUGUGAGAAAACAAGUGACUGUCCGUUGCCUGAAUGGGGAGAGUGUAAGUUAUCCCUUUAUUUCAUUGUCGGUUUGAAUUAAAGUAGUUAUGCACUU